GAGAAAAAGGGAAUUGGGAAAGAGAGGAUGAUGAAAGGAGAGCAGUAGCACUACAUGCGCAGCUUGUCUCUCUGCCAGCUUUGCUUCUUCUAUCUUCAUCCAUUCCUCCAUUUCUCCAUUAUUGCUUCUUCUUCUUCUUCUUCUUCACUUUCUCUCUCUAACCAGCUUUCGUCCACAUUCUUGCUUUUAUUCAUUUGAAUUUUUCGCAAAUGUCAUCCUCCGACGACGAAGGCGGUGAGGAGUAUCUCUUCAAGAUCGUCAUCAUCGGAGAUUCUGCCGUCGGUAAGUCCAAUUUGCUCUCUCGUUAUGCUAGAAACGAGUUUAAUCUCCACUCCAAAGCCACCAUCGGCGUCGAAUUUCAAACUCAGGUUAUGGAUAUUGACGGCAAAGAGGUUAAGGCUCAGAUUUGGGAUACUGCUGGCCAGGAAAGGUUCCGUGCUGUUACCUCUGCCUAUUACCGCGGUGCUGUUGGUGCUCUUAUCGUUUAUGAUAUCAGCCGUCGCUCCACUUUUGAUAGUGUCGGCCGAUGGCUCGACGAGCUCAAGACUCAUUCCGAUACAACUGUAGCAAUGAUGCUAGUCGGGAACAAAUGCGAUUUGGAGAACAUUAGGGAUGUAAGUGUCGAGGAUGGCACGAGUCUUGCAGAAGCCGAAGGGUUGUUCUUCAUGGAGACAUCUGCUCUAGACUCAACAAAUGUGAAAAGGGCAUUUGAAAUUGUGAUCCGAGAAAUAUACAACAAUGUGAGCAGGAAGGUCCUGAAUUCAGAUACAUACAAAGCAGAAUUAUCGGUGAACCGGGUGAGCCUUGUGAACAACGGUGGAUCGAAGCAAUCAGAAGGAUACUUGUCUUGCUGUUCCAGGUGAUUGAUUAUCUUUUCAUCUCUUAGCUCCACAAAAUUAGUGUUGUUAUUUUCACCAUGUUGGCUUCCUAAAGUCUCCUGUUUUUGGUUGGUGUGGUGAAUCAAUCAAAUUUAUGUGUUUGUUUGUUUCAUAAAUUUCACUCAAAAGCGCUCCACAUAUGCAUGCAAUAUGUAAGACCAUUUCCAAAUAUAGAAAAGAAAUCAUUUCUUUCAAUUUAAUUAAGAAGAGACAGUGAAAAAGAAAACACUUUUUGUAUUAAUUAUUUAUUUGAAGCAAAUUGUAAGAGCAAGCAAAUUUGAACAUUAUUUUAUUUAAUUUUUGAAUAUCUUUUUAGUUUGUAAAGUUGGGGUUUUGUUGUGUGA